AUGCAAAAGAAGUACAUCAUUGACCUCCUCGCUAAACCAAAUAUGUUGAAUUCCAAGCCCGUCACUACGCCGUUAUCCCCUCAUCCGCCGUUAACACCUACUUCUGGGGAGCUUUUCGAUAAUCCAGCUCAGUAUCGCAUAGUUGUUGGCAGUCUUCAAUACUUGUCAUUCAUGCUGCCUGAUCUUGCCUUUGUGGUUAACCGUUUAUCUCAGUUCAUGCAUUCUCCCACUGUUCUACACUGGCAGGCUGCCAAGCGCGUGCUACGCUAUCUCGCCGGUAUAAUGGAUAUGGUAUCUACGAAUGCAUAUGUUAUUUACCUCGGCACCACUCCUAUUGCAUGGUCUUCCAAGAAACAGAGCGGGGUUACUCGCUCUUCAAUAGAAUCCGAAUAUCCAGCUAUUGCUAAUGCCACUUCAGAACUUAUGUGGAUCUGCUCCUUACUCACUGAACUUGGAGUCCGCUUGCCAACAGCUCCAGUGGUCUACUUCGACAACAUGGGUGCUACUUACCUUUAUGAAAAUCCAGUGUUACGUUCACUCACGCAUGAAGCACAUUGCCAUUGA